AGUUAAUGAGGAAAGAGAGUGAGGUAGGAAAGUGAUGCGUAUUCCCAAUCAUCAUCCACGUUGGAUGGUAAUCGGCAAUUAACUUGAAAACAGGCGGGGGAGGAAUAGGUGGUGGAGGCGACGAUUUGUAUGUGCAACAGCGUGUUUUUUCAACAUGGAAAGGCCUAUAUUCAGGUUUCCCAAAGACACCAAGGAUAGUGCACCGAAGAAUAUUCCUCCAGGGGAUCACUCGUUCAAGUUGGAUGACGUUCAACUUGCACUUCAGGCUGAUGACAAGAAGAAAUUACUCGAUAUCAUCAAUAGGGGGAUUGGCGACAUAUCUAGUUCCGUGUUGACUAAGCUUAGAUAUGGUUUAUAUCUGUUUGAUGCGGAAAAAUGUGCAAAAGCAAUUUUGGAUGGAAAAGCCAAAAGAGUGACUUACUAUCAAGCUUUUUGUUUUGAUGGGUUAUAUGAGCUUCAUAAUGCUGCAAGAUAUCAGUCGCUCAAAGUCAUGAUGUUGUUACUUAAGCAUGACAAAGAUGGAUCCAAGGCCAAUGCUAGAUGCCUUGCUAGGAUGGGUUUAUGUGAAGGGGUGUUGCUUCCCCUCCACAUUGCAAUUGCAGUUACUGCGAACCAACCCAUCUUUGCCGAUUGGGAAGAUAAAAAUGGCCUCAGUGACGCCUUUAAGCUUAUCUGUAGACUCUGUGCUCCAAUUAUGAGGCACCGAUUGGAGAUUGUGAGAAUGCUUGCCCAAAAGACAAAAGGGAUCGAAAAAGAAGCUUAUAUCUAUGCAAUGGAAGGAAAAGUUGUUGAAUUUGUUAUUUUGUUGAUGGUAGCCUCUGAAAAAGUAUUGAUAACACCAUUGUCUCUAGAAAAUAAAAAUGAUAUGGGCAGAACAUUAACAGAGACUGUCCUCUCUUUGAUUUCGAAUGUGGUUGCAUCCCUGGUUCUACUCCAGCAAAAUGUAAGUUCUGAUGAUGAUACCGCAAUUGAGAUACAAAAGUGCAUGGAGAAGAAGGCUAAGUUGGAGCAAAUAUUAGUAUUUAUUCGAAUAUUUGAGACAAUAGGUAACAGACUUUGUGAGUAUCUUCAGUUGGAACAGUCGAAACCCUCUUUUGUGGAGGUUACUCAACAUGUGGGUCGCAUCUUUGAGGAAGGAGGAAUUCAUUCCCGGCCUGAUGUGGUAGAAGAGGAUCCAAUGAAAAAGAAGUAUUGUUGGCAUGGAUUUUUUUUCCCACAGAGAAAGCUUCAUGGGGAUUUUGUGCGUAACGCUCUUAUGACCCGACCAUUCCUUCUUGAUCGUCAGAAGUGCGAAGCAAGCUUGUGUUCCAUACGUGGCCUAUCGUUUGCAACUGCUGUCAGGGACGUGCGUCCUAUUAAGCCUGCUGUGAUGCAUGCAAAGAAGUGCGUGCCUCAAGUGUGUGAUCACAAGUUUGCCAAACUCUUUUGGGGAACUCUGUCAAGGGCAUUAAAGCAUGCUUGAUUAGGCCAUAUUUAAACUGUGAUGCGUUUUUUGUAACAUUAGAGACUGUUCAUCUUUCUUCCUGCCUCUGCUUAUUUCAUAUGCUCAUCAUGUGUGACAUAAAUGAUUUAUAUUGUUUUUGUAAUAGCAUUUUAACGCGAGCAUGCAUUGGUAAAUUUG